AUGGUGAAAGUGACCAUGAUAGCGCGAGCGACGGACGGCUUGCCUCUGGCGGAGGGGCUAGACGACGGGCGGGAGCAGCGCGAGGUGGAGGUGUACAAGCAGCAAGCCAAGUCUCUCUUCAAGCGGCUGUCGCAGGGCCUACCGCAGGCGUCGCGCAUGUCCAUCGAGACUGGCCCCUACUUUUUUCACUACAUAGUGGAGGGCGGCGUGUGCUAUCUGACGCUGUGCGAGCGGUCGUAUCCGAAGAAGCUGGCGUUCCAGUACCUGGAGGAGCUGCAGCGCGAGUUCGAGAAGGUCAACCGCUCGCAGAUCGAAACCGUCGCACGCCCCUACUACUUCAUCAAGUUCGACACGUUUAUUCAGAAGACGCGCAAGCAGUACCUGGACACGCACACGCAGCGCAACAUAGACCGGCUGAACGACGACCUGAUAGAGGUGCAGCAGAUCAUGACGCGCAACAUCCAGGACGUGCUCGGCACCGGGGAGAAACUUGACCAUCUGACGCAAGUGUCGAGCCGGCUAUCCACGGAGUCGAGUGCAUACGCCAAGAAGGCCAAGCAGCUCAGCCAACAGGCUCUCCUGAGAAAAUGGGCGCCCAUCGCCAUCAUAGUGCUGGUGGUCGUCAUGGUCUUCUAUGCCCGUCGCCUCUUCUACACCUGA